UUAUUGCAAGGCUCACGAGAAUUGUCAAGUUUUGAGAGGCUCUUCAUUUGGUUGAAAUCUCACGAUCAUUGAGGAGCAGAAUGGGGUAUUGCUGCUGUGGGUGUUGCCGAUUCAAGGUACUGUUGGGUACCUUGUUCGGGAUUAGUGCCCUGAUUUUCGUCUUGGGUCUGCUCUUUGCCUAUGUCAUUUUUCCCCCAAUUAUCGAACAUGAGGUCUCCAAGAAUCUGGAUCUUUGGGAUAUGGAAUCCGAGGGCAGGAAGAACUUUGAAAAACCACCGGUGCCAGUUCACAUGAACUUCAUGGUGUAUAGAGUGGAGAAUGCGAAGGAGUUUUUGAGUGGCGAAGACGACAAGAUUCGGUUUAACAUUAAAGGCCCUUACUCCUAUUUGGAAGAUCGCCACAAAGAAAAUAUCAGCAGCCAAUCCGAUGAUGAAGAGCUCAUCCGAUAUGGCCAAUACAAAGGAUACUCUUUUGACCGGGAGGCCAGUUGUGAUGACUGCAACGCCCAUGAGGAUGUCACAAUCAUCAACGCACCUCUUUUGGGCAUUCUUCACGUACUAGAUCAAAUUCCUACAUUAGGACCCGAGCUGAAAAUCCUGCUCAAUAUAGCUAUCACUACAAAAGAGGAAUUCAGGGACAGUUUGUUUCUCACCGACACAGUGGACAACAUCAUGUUUCAUGGCACAAGACCGGGAUCGAUUGAAUGGCUUUUCAGCCUCUUGGACUCCUUUUCCUUCUUGGAUUUAGAGGCUCUGCUACCACCCGUCAUCAGCACGAAAAAUGGUUUUGCUGUGUUCAAUGGUCGAGUUAACACCACACACAACGAAUUUUACGAGGUGAGCACGGGCCAAACUGAUCUCAAUCAGUAUUUGGAAAUCCAACGAUGGGGUCCGGACCCCCAAUCCAUGGAUCAGGAUCUCACCGCCCAAGGAUGGUGGCGAGAGAACGGAGGAUGGAAGGGCUCCAAUGCGGCCAAUACUCUCCGAGGAACAGACGGGCAACAAGUGAAACCCUUUGUUACUGAGGACGAUCGGGUGUGGCUGUUUCAAACUGACAUCUGCCGGGUCAUCUUUGCCGAGUUUCAGGAGAAUAUAAAUGUGGGUGGAAUUCCUGCACUGCGAUUUGUCUUGCCCAAACGAGCUCUCCAAGCCAAUACGAAAUUCAAUUUUGGCUUUUGUAUGGAAGGUGAGCUCGAUCUAUUGCCCGACGAGGAUGGGGAUGGAAACUGGGAUUGCGUUACAGAGGAUGCCAACGACGAGGAGCUCCUGGAUUUCUCUGCUUGUAACAAGACUCUUUGGAACAAGUAUCGAUGCCAGGACUCGAUUCUCGAUUUGACCACGUGUCAGGGCGGGGCUCCCGUGUGGAUGUCCUCUCCGCAUUUCAUCAAUAGCCCAAGUCAUUUCCGGGAGGACUUUGAUGGAAUUGCCGAACCGAACCCAGAACUUCAUGAUACUAUUCUGGACAUUGAGCCCAACACGGGUAUUGUGAUCAAUUUGCACAAGAGAGUUCAAAUUAACAUCCCAAUGCUACAAGAUGAUGAAAUUGACGACCUGAAAUAUGUUCAGCCCGAGACAUUGGUUCCAAUUUUCUGGUUGGAUGAAGGUGCUGAAAUUGAUCAAGAAAACAUAGACAAAAUCAAGAGUCUGGUGGUUACACCCGUCACCGCAACAGUGGGCGUUCAGUGGACCUUGGUCGGUUUGGGCGCCUUGGGUAUGGUUGCAUGCGUGGCCUUUUAUAUAGUCAAGAAAUGUAUUUGUUAAGAGGAUCUAUAUUUAAAAUAAAUCAGUACAAAUGGU